CGCAUCGAUUUUUACGCUGACAUAUCAGGAACUGAGAUACGUACGUCUAUAUAUACAUAUAUAUAUCAUAUAUAUGAAUUAAAAACAUGGACCACGAUGGCCGCGUCCUGUGCCGACCACUGCUCGACGGAAAGGUCUACCACUUCAACGUCAUCUACAACCACGCCAAAUCCCAUCUGUCGAAAACCGAAGACACCAAGUUGGCGCUGGAGUUCGUGGAAUGGGUCGUCAAGUCGGUGGAGUCUCUGGGCUUCGUCAACAGCUACUACCACGACAGGGACGCCGUGCCCGGCAGACACCUCUUCCUGGAGCUGCACCGCGUCGUCAGCGGCUCCUACUUCACCAUCAUCGUCCUCACCCCGGGCUUCGUCAGGGACUGCUGGCCUGGGUACAUCCAGAUGGCCACCUUCAAGAACCUGAUCGGGACGUCCAGAGAUGGGCAGGUUGGUCGGCUGGUUCCCCUGGCCGUCGGGCUGGAGUCGGAUCAGUUGCCGAGGGAGAUACCCGCCGAGAAAACCAAGUUCUUUGUAACUCAGGAUGAUGAUUGGGAAUCCAAGGCCGGUCCGUGGAAAGAGUUGGAGGCCAUGUUUUUACGGAAUUAUCCAACGUCGGCGGAUGUUUACGUCGAACAGACACCACCCACACAUGAAAAGACAUCCUCUGACAGUCGUUGCGAGGACAGUGCAGACGGAGCUGAGGACGCAGUAGUGACGUCACCGAGACGUAACCAAGUCGCUGUUCCAUCCACCACACGUUCUCCACGCGAAUCUGAUUUUAACUCAAAGGGAGCACUGGACACAAGCAGCGUUGCCAUGAGUAAAGAAACACUCCCGUCGAUCCCCAUUCCUGUCGUGAAGGUCUCCCCAAGGAGCAGCCCUUACACCACCAGCGUCACCAAAACGCAGCACAGUGCAAGCACAGACGAGCCAGACUGGGCCAAGAGGAAGAAAACAUCCAAAGUAUCACCCGUGGUGACUCCCUCAGUGUCCAUGUUUGCAGCAGAGAAACUGGAUGCACGUGCAGAAAAGACGUCUGCUAAAAGACCGAGGGAAACGUUGCCUGCAUCUCCUGAAGCUGUUCUGAACGUCUCUAAAAAUACCUUUAUUGGAGAUAAUGUAGGAUCCUCCUUACGUGAGUGGAAGUCGUCAGAAGUCAUGACAACACAGACCUUUGUCUCUGGAAGUCAGCCACCCUCCGAACAGCCAUCUUUGCGGAUUUCUACAGGUUCAACCCAACAGCACAGAAGGAAUGUGCAUUCAUUGCCAAGCAAUUUAGGAUCAUCCAAAACUGACUAUACAAAAAAGACUCUCCCUCCCACUGUCCCAGCUUCUAUAGACAUUGGUAAGAAACAUAAAUUGGGAACAGAGUUGACACAGACACAGACGUGGAUUACCACGCAGAGACUCUCACCAGAAAUAAAAAUAUCUAAAACCGAAAUGUUUAAAGAUACUUUAGAUGCCUCCCCAGUUGCUGUUAUGAAGUUGCCUGGUAAUUCAAAUACGAAAGAGUACCUAAAAGAAACACAGUCGCACAUUACAGUGGAGUCAUCUACGAUUGAAACAAAAGAGGCUAAUCUGCCAACAAAGCAAGAGUUUAAAGAUCUGCCGACACGUCAAGGAUAUCAGACUAAGACUGUAUUGUCUCAAACUCAAGCUAAAGUUCAUGCUACAACUGAAGCAUCUAAAGUUCAGUCUAGAACCGAGAUGUCUAAAGCUUGUGAUACAAAUGAAACAUCUACAUCCCAGGCUAGAACAGGAAUAUCUAAACAUCAAACUACAUCUGAAACAGCGACAGCUCUAUCAAGAAUUGGAAUAUCUAAAGCUAAGGAUACAACUGAAACAUCUACAGCCCAGACUAGAACAGGAAUAUCUAAACAGCAAGCUACAUCUGAAACAGCGACAGCUCUAUCAAGAAUUGGAAUAUCUAAAGCUAAGGAUACAACUGAAACAUCUACAGCCCAGACUAGAACAGGAAUAUCUAAACAGCAAGCUACAUCUGAAACAGCGACAGCUCUAUCAAGAAUUGGAAUAUCUAAAGCUAAGGAUACAACUGAAACAUCUACAGCCCAGACUAGAACAGGAAUAUCUAAACAGCAAGCUACAUUUGAAACAGCUACAGCUCAGUCAAGAAUUGGAAUGUCUGGAGCUAAGGAUACAACUGAAACAUUUACAACCAAGUCAAGAACUGGAAUGUCUGAAGCUCGGGCUCCAAAUGAAACAUCUACAUCCCAGUCUAGAACUGAUAUGUCUAAAGCUCAGAUUACAACCGAGACACCUAAAACCCAGUCUAAAAUUGAUAUGCCUAAAGCUCACAUUUCAAAUGAAACACCCAAAACACAGUCUAAAACUGAUAUGCCUAAAGCUCAGAUUUCAACUGACACACCUAAAACCCAGUCUAAAACUGAAAUGCCUAAAACUCACAUUUCAACUGAAACACCUAAAACCCAGUAUAAAAGUGAAUUAUCGAAAGCUCGUGAUACAACAUCUAAAGCUGCUGUUUCGUCUACACCAGUAGCUGUUAUGGGACUCGGUAAUAAAACAGUAGGUGUGGACUCCUCUGGGAUAUCCCGUGUUGGUGUCUCGAAAGCUUCUACAGAGAAAGUCCAGCAAGGAGAGAAGGCUGGUAACACCACAGGAAUAAACAAAACUCCAUCUGAUAAAUUCGGUCCAACAAACCCAAACAUAUCUAAAGAUAAAAAAGAUGAAAGUCACAAAAUCAAUGUGUCAGAGAAUGUAACAUCUAUUAAUACGGCAACAGACGGUUCUGCAUCCUCUUGGCCAAAUCCAAACCCACAUGGGCGCGAUGAAUUAGAAACGUCCGUUAUCAGUAGGCUAGAAUCUACUGGUUUCAGAAGAGAUGUCUUGUUUUUUGAUGGAAAACACAAUGACGUUCGGGAGAAACCAAAAGAGAACUCUUCACAGACUAACCAAAGCAGAUCUGUAAUAAAACCGACUGAAUCUGAUGCUCGUUCAAAAACUACAGACAAAGAACAUGUUUCUAAAGGAACCGAAAAGAGUGCAACUUUCCUUCAUACAAAACUUGGACAAGAUUCGUCGACAUCUGUAUAUAGGCCUUUAAUACGUGAUGACGAUGUCAAUGGAAAUAGUCUCAAUGCAGGCCAGGCAAUUUCAAGCAAGAAGGUAUCAGUGCAUAUUGCAAAACAGCAGAUAUCUAGUGUAACUCGUGAAUCUGAACAAAACGGAAAUCCGCACACGAAUGACUCGCCCGCAGUAACUUACAGUACCAACUCUGAUUCAGACUCUUCGGUAUUGCAGGACAAACUCCAGGAAGACAACGACCAAGCUGGUGAGUUACAGAAAGAAAGUUACAAAUUGGUUACAGAAAUGAAUCCAAAUCAGGAAGGUGUUCUUUCGGGUACGAGCAUUCCUUCCAAAACAAAGACAACAGUUGGUUCUAGUGUCGAACAUGUGUACAGUGAUGCAAAGUCUUUUUCGAGAAACACACAACGAUAUGUGGCUUCAUCAAAAGAAAACUCUCUAACAUCAGUCUCUACAAUUGUGGACAGUGGUGCAAAAUCUGAACAGUUCAGAGGUGAUAGAAAGGAAGGUAGGGUGGCAUUCAGGGUCAAUCAAACGUCUGACACAUCACCUGAUUCAAGCAAGGGUUUCACUAGUCCUGUGAAGAUCAACGACAACAGUUCCAGUCUCAAACAAAAUUCUUCUGUUGGAAAAGGUAAAACUAGUGGUGACGUUAAGACCACUGGAAAAUAUUCUGAUCUUCUCGCCGGUUCGUCUGAGCAGAUGCAGGUCUCUGACACGUACGAGAGUUUUGGGGAUGAAACCAAACCUACCGAAGAACACGUGGAUAAAGUGGUCAAGUCAAAGACUGGCGUAUCUGGUGAAAAUACAAAUAUCACUUUCUGCAAUAUCACAGCUAAACAGUUGCUGGAGAAAAAUGUUUAUUCAUGUACAUCAAGUGAUUCGAAUUCCACGACAGAAUCCGUAAAUCCUAGAAUCGGUCGCUCUGAGGAUAGAACCAUUGUUGAAACCACAACUGUUAGUAGUAAUGGUGACACCGAUGGAAUUGGCGAAACUUGGCAUGUUGAGGACCUGUCCUAUCACAGCUGGCAAGAAACGACUUUAUUCCGCAAUCAGAGUGGGAAUUUACCUGAUACCGAGUCUGCCAGUGUGAAACAACCUACCAUUAUUAAGGACGAGGGAGUUACUUUUUCGAAAACAUUCACCUCAAAACCAGAACAAAGGCCAUCGUCACCCUAUUUGCUUCUUCUAUACCGGAUGUUCUGCCAUUUUCUCAGCCGACCGGAAUAUCCAUUCUUCGUUUGAUUCGAUAUUACAAUGUCGAGACAGACAAAUAAAGUACAGAAUUAUUAUCUACGUCGGGUUCGAGAUAUGAAGAUAUUUAUCAUUUCAUUCCACAGAGAAGUAAAUCUGCACUGAAUUUCCAACAUUCGAGAUAACGAAAUCACUUCUAUAGUUCGUCCCAUCAUUCUGUAAAAAUGUGUAUUGUAAAUAACGUCAGUUUGGUUUCACGUAAGAGGAAAGGUCCAAGUGUUUUGUAUACAACACAACAAUACUAUUUUCAUGUACAAAUUACAAAUCAAUCGGCUCAGAAAUAAAUAACUUGUAGUAUAUUCCAAGUAUGAAAAAGGCGUACAUACAUACAUACAUACAUACAUACAUACAUACAUACAUAAAAACAUUGAUAUUUACAAUAGAAAGAAUAUGAUGUUACUGUAUUUGUAAAUUAAUACGUAAUAAUUAUGUAUAAGUAUGGCACAUGGAAUAGAGUUACGGUGAAUACGUUAGCAUGUGUAAUAACCUUUUUAACUUUAAUUCUUUGAACCUUGUAAAUAAUUAUGAGCCGUUUUAUUUGUUUCUCAUAUUGCUUUCAAAUAUAAAUGUACUUUUAUUUAUUUGUGUAUUUGUGUGUGUGUGUGUGUGUGUGAGAGAGAGAGAGAGAGAGAGAGAGAGAGAGAGAGAGAGAGAGAGAGAGAGAGAGAGAGAGAGAGGGGAGAUACAGAGAGAAUGUGUGUGCGCAUGCGUGCGCGCGUGCGUGUGUGUAUGUUUUGUGUGUUGUGUAAAUACUAUGUAAAAUACAGUUACAUUGUUACAUUAUUAGUUUUACUGCGUUUACAUGAUAUACUUAGUAUAUUAUAUACAAGAACAUCAAUAUUUAAUCUAUGUUUACACCAUUGGUUUUACUCUGUCUGGAUAUUAUAACAAAGAGCCUGAUUACAUUUUAUUCAAGUUUUGCUGUGAUAUAAUAAUAUGUCAGCUUGCCUAUUGCAUAGUUUGUCGAUUUGUAUUUACUUUCACCGCAUUUUGAUGAUAUAUUUUGUUCUUACUCUAGUAUUCAUUAUGGUUCAUCGACACUAUUUGGACAUACGUAACAGCUGUAUUCAUUAUGGUUCAAGGACACUAUUUGGGCAUACGUAACAGCUGUAUUCAUUAUGGUUCAUGGACACUAUAUGGGCAUACGUGACAGCUGUAUUAAGUAUGGUUCUUGGACACUAUUUGGGCAUACGCGACAGCUGUAUUAAUUAUGGUUCAUGGACACUAUUUGGGCAUACGCGACAGCUGUAUUAAUUAUGGUUCAUGGACACUAUAUGGGCAUACGUGACAGCUGUAUUAAUUAUGGUUCAUGGACACUAUUUGGGCAUACGCGACAGCUGUAUUAAUUAUGGUUCAUGGACACUAUUUGGACAUACACGACAGCUGUAUUAAUUAUGGUUCAUGGACACUAUUUGGGCAUACGUGACAGCUGUAUUAAUUAUGGUUCAUGGACACUAUUUGGGCAUACGCGACAGCUGUAUUAAUUAUGGUUCAUGGACACUAUUUGGACAUACACGACAGCUGUAUUAAUUAUGGUUCAUGGACACUAUUUGGGCAUACACGACAGCUGUAUUAAUUAUGGUUCAUGGACACUAUUUGGGCAUACACAACAGCUGAUUGGGCUUUAUGGCCAAGACAGAUUUUAAUGGACUGUGCAGGAUAGGACACCAAAAUCUGUAUAUGGCCCACUCCUAUAGUUAGAGAAUGGAGUCUUGUUUUGUGCAUUCCAUCUGUGUACAGCAGUGUAAUAUAUGUAUUGACACCACACCACCAGUUGUUGUAUCGUAACAGCUUAAUAUAGUCUUGUUUAGGAAAUAGUUCCUCAUAAAAAAAAACAUAAUACAAAAUUC